GGUUGGCAAUAUCCGACGCCAUACUUUCUUAGCGUCUUACCCGGAAAUAAAAGGUUACCGCGUGUUGUUACGUUUGUCAGUUUUCACAUUCUUAAGGAAAAUGUCGUACAAAGGACCGCAAAAAGUACAAAAGGUGAUGGUUCAACCCAUCAACCUUAUAUUCCGAUACCUGCAAAAUCGAUCGCGGGUUCAAGUUUGGUUGUUUGAAAAUAUUAAUCUGAGAAUCGAAGGACACAUCGUCGGCUUUGACGAGUACAUGAACCUAGUGCUCGAUGAUGCUGAAGAGUAUAAUAUGAAACUCGACACCAGGAAACAACUGGGACGUAUAAUGCUCAAGGGUGACAAUAUCACGCUUAUACAGAACACGAAUCCCGGAGCUAACUAGACAUCUAUAACUGUGAGCUAACGUACCAUAACCUCCAGUGGAAAGUAUAAACAUUUUUCAAAACUGCUUUUCACUUGGAGAUCAUCGGUUGGCUGCGCGGAGCGCAAUAUUCAACAACGGUGACUGGGAAUUAUCUUCAAGGACUCCAUACUGCGGAUGGGGAUGGCUCUGAAUAAUCUGAAGCACAAACAUCAGUGUGACUUGCAUGUACUGCCUUUGUAAUGAAAGCAAGAAGCCAGUUUUAUUGAAAAUCGAACUAUAAAAGAAUUGUGGUUGUUAUUCUGAAAUUCUGACUUGUGCUGUAUACACAUUGCACAGUUCGUAGACUUAUAAUUCAAGCGUAAUAUAGUGAUUAAUAUAAGACACUCCAUUUUGUACUUUACAAGAAAGUUCUGCACAACGAUAAUAUACAAGAAAGAUAUUCAUUGCAAAUUUAGUAUAGAAUAUGAACAGUUGAUCCACGUUCAAUAAAAUUUCAUUCAGAACAUAAUCUCAAA